UGGUUGUAUUCCUACGCUGCACAUGUUGGUCUCCCGGUGGCGCGAGUGCAAGUAGGCUAGAGGUUUCUAAAAUAUAAGACAUUUCUCAUACAUAAAUAUGGAACAACUAAUCCAAAUUUUAGAAAAAACGACGUCUGCUGAUAAAAAUGAGUUGGAAGCAGCCCUAAAAUAUCUCAACCAAGCAGCUGAAGCUAACCUGCCAGGCUAUGUGAAGGUGCUGAGUGACGUGCUGCACCAUGGCAGCAACUCGGGCGUAGCUCGCAUGGCUGCGGGCAUCCAGCUCAAGAACACGCUCGCAUCCAAUGAUCCUAAAGUCAAAGUCGAGUACCAGCGCAGGUGGCUGGCCUUCCCUAUUGACACCAGAAAUUACAUCAAGAACAAUGUGCUAGGAGCUCUUGGGACUGAGCUGACUCGUCCGAGUUCAGCAGCGCAAUGUGUAGCGUACAUCGCCGUGACGGAGCUGCCAGUGCAGCAGUGGCCUGAAGUUAUGGAACGUCUCUGCACUAACGUCACGGCUCCUGGUGCUACUGAUGCUAUCAAAGAGGCCACACUCGAAGCUAUUGGAUACAUUUGCCAGGACAUCGAGCCCGAUGUGAUCGCAAGCUUCAGCAACAACAUCCUGACUGCCAUCGUGCACGGCAUGAAGAGCGGCGAGCCUAACGAGCACGUGAGGCUUGCGGCCACUAACGCCUUGCUCAACUCGCUGGAGUUCACCAAACAGAACUUUGACCGCGAGACCGAGCGACACUUCAUCAUGCAGGUUGUGUGUGAGGCAACGCAGUCCUCGAACACGCAAAUAAAAGUGGCGGCGCUUCAGUGCCUCGUUAAGAUCAUGUCGCUCUACUACCAGUACAUGGAGCAUUACAUGGGACCUGCUCUCUUUGCUAUAACCCUGGAAGCAAUGAAAAGCGAUAGCGACGAGGUAGCUCUGCAGGGCAUAGAAUUCUGGAGCAACGUAUGUGAUGAGGAGGUGGACCUCGCCAUUGAGGCGUCAGAAGCGGAGGAAAUGGGCAAACCUCCUGAGAGAACUUCACGCUUCUAUGCCAAAGGCGCCUUGCAGUACCUGGUGCCGGUGCUCAUGAUGACGCUCAGCAAGCAAGAGGAGACGGAUGAUGAUGACGAGUGGAACCCUUGCAAGGCAGCUGGUGUGUGCAUCAUGCUGCUGGCGACGUGUGUUGAGGACGACAUCGUCCCACACGUCCUGCCCUUCGUCAAUGAGAACAUCAACAGCAGCAGCUGGAACCUUAGAGAUGCCGCCAUCAUGGCUUUUGGCUCCAUCUUGGAGGGACCAGACCCCACGAAGCUGCGCCCAAUGGUGGAGCAAGCAAUGCCUACGCUCAUCAACGCCCUGAAGGACAGCUCGGUCGUGGUGCGCGACACCACCGCCUGGACGCUCGGCCGUGUGUGCGAGCUGUCGCCUGACGCUGCCGUCAAUGAGGCCUAUCUUAAUGUUCUGCUCGAGGCCCUCGUGUUCAGUCUUAAGGCUGAGCCGCGCGUAGCAGCGAACGUGUGUUGGGCUCUGAGCUCGCUGGCUGAGGCCGCCUACGAGCACGCUGAUGCCAACGACAUGGACGGUGAACCCCCCACCUACUGCCUCUCGCCCUUCUUUGAUGCCCUCGUCAGUGUGCUUCUGGAGACCACUGACCGACCUGACGGCAAUCAAUGCAAUCUUAGAAAUGCGGCCUAUGAAGCUCUCAUGGAGCUCAUGAAGAAUUCUCCUCAAGACUGUUACUCGACCGUGCAGAGAACCACAAUCAUCAUUCUUGAGCGACUCCAGCAAGUUCUUCACAUGGAGUCUCAGGUGCAAAGUGCCAGCGACCGCGUACAAGUAAACGACAUCCAGUCGCUGCUGUGUGCCACCCUCCAGUCUGUGCUCAGAAAAGUUACCAAGGAGGAUGCACCCAAAAUCAGCGAUGCCAUCAUGUCGGCUCUCCUUCAAAUGUUCCAGUCCUCAGCCCAGGGCAAGAGCGGCGGCGUGCAAGAAGAUGCUUUGUUGGCGGUGUCUACGCUAGUUGAAGUGUUGGGGUCGAGCUUCUUGAAAUACAUGGACGCCUUCAAGGGCUGGCUGGGCAUGGGUCUCCGCAACUAUGAGGUCUUGCCUGUCUGCUCUGCUGCUGUGGGCGUCACUGGAGAUAUUUGCAGGGCCCUUAAUGAGAAGGUUGAGCCGUACUGUGACGAACUCAUGGAGCUGCUCGUUCAGAACCUCAGCAAUGACCAAGUCAAUCGUGCAGUCAAGCCUGCCAUCCUUGCUGUUUUUGGUGACAUGGCACUGGCCAUCGGUCCCAAGUUUACCAAGUACUUGGACAUUGUUCUGCCCAUGCUGCAGCAGGCUUCUCAGGCCCAGGUUGACCGCAACGAUUUCGACAUGGUGGACUAUCUGAACGAACUCCGCGAGAGCUGCCUGGAUGCCUACACCGGCAUCGUGCAAGGACUCAAAGGCGCCGAAGACACCCCCAAUCCUGAAGUGCAGCUCCUCCGUGAACACGUGCCCUUCAUCAUGUCCUUUAUUACAAACGUCGCGUCUGAUGACGAAAAGUCUGACCCUGUCGUUGCCAGUUCAGCGGGACUCGUUGGCGACCUAUGCAGCGUUUUCAACGCUCAAAUGCUGGAGCUGGUCGAAGUGGAGCCCAUAGGAAACUUGCUGCUGCAAGGCCGUCGCUCCAAGACCAACAAGACGCGCACUCUCGCCACGUGGGCCACCAAGGAGAUCAGAAGAAUCAAGAACGCCUUCGCCAACGCUGGUGGAGGCGCUCCUGGCACUGCUCCCACUGCCAUACCUACUUGAUGAGAGCUGCUUUAGUGAUGAGACGAAUCGAAUGAACCUGUGGUAUGGAUGAGCUUCAAAAGGAAGCGACCUUUUUAAAUGGUGAGCAAGUGGUGAAAUCUUGAACUGUGUGUCCAUCGUAGCAAGUUUUAUUUUCUGUUCCACACAGUCGUGCUCUUUGGUAUGAAGAUUUGCUUGUUUAUCAUUACUGUUAUAAGGAAGAUUUGACCGCCCAAGUGUUUUCUCGUGACAUGUGUCUUGGCUUGAUGUGGUCAUACAUGGUUUACAAAGUCGUGCUCUUUGUUAUGCAAGAUUAGCUUGUUUAUCAUUACUGUUAUAAGGAAGAUGUGAGCGCCCUAGUGUCUUCAUGCGACGUCUGUCUUGGCUUGUUCUCCUGGUCAUACAUGAUGAGAUGUGGUGUUGUCUGUGCCAAGGUAGUGGGAGCUUCAGCGCCUUCCUCUUGCCGAUCGACCGUCUCAUUGAUGCGUGUUGCUGGUGGUUAUAGUGCCUUUAUGCCUGGUGCUGUGCUCUUUCUCUCUCUUUACUCUAAUAAUCUUUAAGGUUUGGUUUAUUUCUAUUCUCAAGUUUCGUAUGUUGGAUAAUCCUACAUUUUUCUAGUCAUCCAUUGUUGUCGAAACAUUUCACUCCGAUACGAAGCAAAUAAUUUUUUUUGUAGCUCAUGGUGUGGCGGUCAGUUUUCGUUUCAUUUAUCGACUUAACCUUGAAAUUUUUGGUGUAUCGUGCUCCACUUUACGUAAAACUUGAUAGCAUCGACGUAAAAUAAAUUUUCACAAUUAAUGCUUGGCUGUAAAUGUACUACCAAGCUUCUAAUAUUCGCUGCAACGCAGAGUGACUCGAAGCGUCGGUAGCACCAUAGUCUGGUUUGAUCAAUCUUUAUGGUACUAAUGUUCUUGUUCAUGAUCUCGUCAUCUUUGUGUGUUAUUGUGUAAUGAUUUUAUGCCUUCGGAAAUAUUGUAGGUUGCGUUUAUGAGAGUGGAUGUAUGUAGACGCCAAGUUAUUGAUGGUCAUGUGAUCAGCUGGUAUGAGAACAAACAUUUUCCGAGCGAUUGUUUCCUGCGUUGUGCAAGCUAUCAUUAAGAUGAACAUCUCCCCACUGUCGUGUGCAUCGUGUGAUGCGUAUAGAUGAUUAAGAAUUAUGACUCGCUUAUGAGUGUCUUUACCGUAUAAGAUUUUGUAACAUUGUAUAAUUCUUGGUGAGUGCCGUAUGUUUAAGAAUACCUCAGUGGAACUGAAUGUCGUAUGUUUAAGUAUAAUUCUUAUGAACUUAUGCCCGUUCUCUUGUCUGUGAUAAAUGAGGAGACCGUGAGUGUCGCGUGUACAAAUUAGCGAGGUGCGUGAGGAUACCGCUGUUCCUCAUCCUUACAUGCCAAGUAUGCUGACCUUUAUAUUGUUUAUAUUCGCAACUCUCUCUUCUAGACGAGUUGCGCCAACUAUACUAGUGUAAAUAGAUUAUCAUUGUUGCUGCAUUUAGCCCAUUAUAAGGUCAGCAUCCUUCGCUUUCUCUUGCUCUGGUGUACAUUAUUGUGUAUGUAGGAAGUAUUGUUAUGGUGUUGUGGUGGUGCUGGAGCUCCACUAGCGUUUUGCUUGCGAGACUUUCUCUGCGACUGACGUUAAAUGACCAACUUUUUUGUUUAUGUUAGGUGCCUACCUCAGGUCAAACGUUACCGCCAUUAUUUUAUUGACUGUACUGACGAUUCGCCUAUUGUGUGCUUUGUCGCUGUGUUGUUAGCAUGAGAUAAGUAAAUGAAAUUAUUUUCCUAAUGUGCCAGUCUGCUCAUCCAAUUUUGUGUUACAAUUUGUGCAUGCUGGUGUGAGGAUGCGAGCGUGAUAACACGACGACGCAGUUCGUGUGGCAUGGUCGUGACGUGUCUGUGAUAUUUGAUGCUGCUUCCAGUUCAUAGGAUACCAACGUCAACUUACUGCUAUCAUCUUAUCAUUUUGUGACUUUUUCUACAGUGUUGUAUGAUGUGUGUUGAGUGAGAGUUGUAUUACUGAAGGCGCCAGGAGCGUACUAGCAAGCCAAACAUUUACCGCGUACGGGAAUGCUCGUUUAUCUGAAGUUUAUUUGACGUUUAUUUGGUAUGAAUGUUACGGCUGCAUGUGUGUAUGAGGAAACAUUCCUAAGCCUACUAGUUGUACGCCAGCAUCUUGAAUGGAGCGCUAAAUAAAGUGCGGAGAAUUGUUCAUUUGACCGUCAUUGCGGAACUUGUCGAGCUAUCGUUCUCUUCAAUAGGUUGCCAUUGCUAAAAAUCCUAUCUAUUUUAGGCAGGACUAAUAGCCAUAGGGAACCAUUAAGACUAAGAUUGGAAACUAUGUAUUAGUUGCUACAAUAAAAUAUGAAUAUGG